AUGCCAGUUCCAAUCAACACUGGCCAUGCUGGCCCUUCCAACAUUGACAAGGCAAAGAUGGGUGCUAUGAUGGGCGGCACUGUUGGGGUGAUCAUCGGCUUCAUUUACGGAACCGUUAGCAUUUUUCGGUACGGUGCUGGACCCAACGGUAUAAUGAGAACACUAGGCCAAUAUAUGGGGGCAUCAGGGGCAACAUUCGGUUUUUUCAUGUCCAUCGGUAGCAUCAUUCGGACCGACGCCUCGCCCAUUGUCCAACAAGCCUACGCGAACUCUCGACGAAGUCCGAUCAUCAUGGCAGCGUCUCAUCGGGCACCCUUCCCAGCGCGUAACCAGUCCUAAAGCGCGAGGCGUCUGGGCGAAUGUGAAGAUGCACCGAGCUGAAUCGACUCGCCACCCUCAACUGUUAUGUAUAACGACAAUGUAUAUCCCACAAACCAAAAGCCGGCAGCGCUUGGCAUAGGAGUCAUCGGACGCUGCUCUUAAUCAGUGAAAAACGAAGAAUAUCAACUCAUUAUACUUUGG